CCGGACGCGUCCCUUUGUUGGCUCAGCGGCGCCUGUGAGGAGAAGCAGCAGCAGCAGCAGCAGCGGGCAGAGGCAACAGCGGCGGGUGUUUGUUAUCGGUCCGCCGAAGGGAGGCGGCCAGGCCGGAGCCUUCGAGUCCGUCCGUCCCCCCGGCGGCCCGCUGGGGCCGGCCCCGCUCCGCGCCGUCUCUCCCCGCCGCCGCCGCCGCUGCCGCCGCCGCCUCAGCCAACAUGGACUCGGACGAAGGCUACAACUACGAGUUCGACGAGGACGAGGAGUGCAGCGAGGACAGCGGCGCCGAGGAGGAUGAGGACGAGCCCGACGACGACGACGAGCCCGACGAUGACAACCUGGACCUGGGCGAGGUGGAGCUGGUGGAGCCCGGGCUGGGCGUGGGCGGCGAGCGCGACGGGCUGCUGUGCGGCGAGACGGGAGGCCUGGGCCCCGGCGGCGGGAGCGGCGGAGGCCUGGGCAGCAGCGGCCUGGGCGGGCCGGGCCCCGGCGGAGGGCUGGGCCACGAGCAGGAGGAGGAUUACCGCUACGAGGUCCUGACGGCCGAGCAGAUCCUGCAGCACAUGGUGGAGUGCAUCCGAGAGGUCAACGAGGUCAUCCAGAAUCCAGCCACUAUCACCAGGAUACUCCUUAGUCAUUUCAACUGGGAUAAAGAAAAACUGAUGGAAAGGUACUUUGAUGGCAACCUGGAGAAGCUCUUUGCAGAAUGUCAUGUAAUUAAUCCUAGUAAAAAGUCUCGAACACGUCAGAUGAACACAAGGUCAUCUGCACAGGACAUGCCUUGCCAGAUCUGCUAUCUGAACUAUCCUAACUCUUACUUCACUGGUUUGGAGUGUGGACAUAAGUUUUGUAUGCAGUGCUGGAGUGAAUAUUUAACUACCAAAAUAAUGGAGGAAGGCAUGGGACAGACAAUUUCAUGCCCUGCUCAUGGCUGUGAUAUCUUGGUUGAUGACAAUACAGUUAUGCGCCUCAUCACAGAUUCAAAGGUUAAAUUAAAGUACCAGCAUUUAAUAACCAAUAGUUUUGUAGAGUGCAAUCGGCUGUUAAAAUGGUGUCCUGCUCCAGAUUGCCACCAUGUUGUUAAAGUUCAGUAUCCUGAUGCUAAGCCUGUUCGCUGUAAAUGUGGCCGUCAGUUUUGCUUUAACUGUGGUGAAAACUGGCAUGAUCCUGUUAAAUGCAAGUGGUUAAAGAAAUGGAUUAAGAAGUGUGAUGAUGACAGUGAAACUUCAAACUGGAUUGCAGCAAACACAAAGGAAUGCCCUAAAUGCCAUGUCACCAUAGAAAAGGAUGGAGGCUGCAAUCACAUGGUCUGUCGGAACCAGAAUUGUAAAGCAGAGUUCUGCUGGGUGUGUCUUGGCCCCUGGGAACCUCAUGGGUCCGCCUGGUACAACUGUAAUCGCUAUAAUGAGGAUGAUGCAAAGGCAGCAAGAGAUGCCCAAGAGGAAUUAACACAGCGAUCCAGAGCAGCCCUGCAGAGGUACCUCUUCUACUGCAACCGUUACAUGAACCAUAUGCAGAGCCUGCGCUUUGAGCACAAACUCUAUGCCCAAGUCAAGCAGAAAAUGGAGGAGAUGCAACAGCACAACAUGUCAUGGAUCGAGGUCCAGUUCCUGAAGAAAGCAGUCGAUGUCCUCUGCCAGUGUCGUGCCACACUCAUGUACACAUACGUCUUUGCCUUCUACCUCAAAAAGAAUAAUCAGUCCAUUAUCUUUGAGAAUAAUCAAGCAGAUUUGGAAAAUGCUACCGAGGUCCUUUCUGGGUAUCUGGAGCGAGAUAUUUCUCAAGAUUCACUGCAAGACAUAAAGCAGAAAGUGCAAGAUAAGUACAGAUACUGCGAGAGCCGGCGAAGGGUUUUGUUGCAGCAUGUGCAUGAAGGCUACGAGAAGGACCUGUGGGAGUAUAUUGAGGACUGAGACUGGCCUGCAUAAAACGAACUCUGAAAACCUUUUACCAUCUAGAGUGCUCAUGCAAUUAAAGCAAAACACACACAAAAAGGGGCACUACGCCUAUUACACCGCUGGUCUGUAGUACCGGAAUUCUGUUUUUGUUAAUGGAAAAAAAUUUAAGUAAAUUAUAUUGUAAUAAAAAAGGUAGAUAAACCAUUGUACAACAGUAUUCUAGGUGGCCAGUAAGUGUGACAGACGCACUAAGAAAAACAAAACAACCCUCCAACUUUAACUUGUAAUGUAGCUUCAUUCUCCAAGCUGACUUUCCCCCCUCCUUCUUUCUCCUAUGCGUAUUACAGAUAAAACUUAAAACAGUUUCUUGACACUGCUUUUCAUGUCCAACCAGCCAUUUUGAUGUACUUUGGUAUGAGAUUUCCCCCUCCCUCUCCCUCUCCCCUUCUCUGCUCUCCCCUCCUCCCCCCCCCCCCACAUGCACCAGUUCAUGGGUGAAUGUUGUUUGGCUUAUUGUAAAGAGGAUUUGGGGCGGGGGGAGGCGGGGCACACAGCAAGGAAAAACUUUGUAUAUGACUUUUAAAAAAAACAAAGAGGACAACACAGUAUUUUUCAAAAUUGUAUAUAGCGCAUAUGCAUGGACAAAGAGCAAGCGUGGCACGUGUUUGCAUAAUGUUUAAUUACAAAAAUAUUUAUUCUUUAAAAAUCUUCAAGAUGA